AGCUCGUUCGGCUAACAGGCAGCAAGCUGCCCAGCUACACGGAAACAGCCCCGGUGGCAGAGAGCCUCGUCCAGCGGGACAUUUUCUCCGGUUACCGGCGCCUCUGCCCUUCUUCUCCUCCUACUCCUCCUCUCUCUUUCUCCCGGUUGCUCCCGGCUCUCAGUCGUCCUGGUCCAGACUGCUCGAGACUCCUGAAACAUGUCGGCGGUGCAGCGGAUGAAAGUGGCGAACGAGAGGCACAGCAAGACCAUCACACAGCGGGGACACGUCCAGAAAACCUCGAGGCCUGUAAACGAGGAGAAGUCUCCGGUGGGUCCGUGGCUGCUCGCUCUGUUCGUUUUCGUGGUUUGUGGAUCAGCCAUCUUCCAGAUCAUCCAGAGCAUCAGGCAGGGGAUGUGAUGACCUUUGACCCUGAGGAGGAGCCGGGAGGGGACACACCGCCGUCAUGACCCCGCACCC